AUGGACGUGAAGUUACUUACGGAAGGGACGGAUGAGACGGGAGCGGAAAAUACAUACGUGUUGUUAACCGGUGGGAUAGUAAGCGUAUCGGUCGACUCGUACAAACUGAUGGGUAAUGCGACUUUCGGUGUCGCUUGUGUCGCUGCUGCUGAUGCUACUGCCGCUACUUACGACUACGACGACAACGACGAGAAUAAGAAUGGACGCUUUGGAUGGCUGACGGGAAGAGGGGCACAUCGAUCGAUGUAG